GGAAGACGCACAGUUCCAGCGGAAUGUUUUGUUGAAGCUUCACGAUUGCUGAGACCUGCCAAACGUACCUGGAUAUAAAAGUGAACAUUUCGCUUUUCAGAGGAGGCUGAAAAGCACUCCAUUACCAUAAGAACAUUUUGAUUGACUACAGAGGCUCAUAUUGCAGAUAUUUUCAAGAUGUCAAGCUUGCCAAUGGGUCACCAUGUAGGCAUACCAAAACCACAGCAGCAACAGAAUGACCUGGGUUAUGCACGGCAAUAUCAUGAUAGUAUGGUUGGAGAUCAUUACACCGCCUCACAACUUGGGGCUUACCAAAACUAUCAACAUAGAUUAAUGUACAAUACGUUAACGGCCCAAGCCAAUCAGCCGUCUGUCCCCAGGACAAUGCAUGGAGGGAGAUCAGCUGAUGCACAAGUUUAUAGUAUCAGUGAAGCAGGACGUGUUCCAACAAUGUCUGACCAGGGAGUAGAUGUGGUCUAUCCUAGAUAUGGACCAAGACCCACCCAAACAAACCCCCAGGCAGUGGCGAAGAACCUCAUGGUAUCAUCGCAAGAGUUUCUCCCUUUGUCAGGAACGGACCCCUCAGCGAUGUACUUCCCCAAGAAGAGAGGGCGCAAGCCUCUGGCGGAUAAGGGCAAGAAGAGACGAAAGAGGAACAGGCCUGGAUCCCACGUGAAGAGAGCAAAAACAGCGUACUUCUUCUUUCUUGACACGUUCCGCAAGAAUUAUGUGAAGGAUGGUGACCAGAUCCCAAGGGCAAGUGAGAUCACAAAGGCAUGUGGUAUGAAAUGGAGUUCGAUGACGGAUGCUGAGAAGGGACCAUACCAGGAGAAAGCAGGCAUUGACAGAAAAAGAUAUGAAGCAGAGAUUUCUGUGUACAGGAAAGUACGUGACCCAGACAAGCCAAAGAAGCCACCUACGGCGUACUUCUACUUUCUCACGGAUUUCCGUGAACAGAUGAAGGGUAAGACGAUAGAGAAAGGACGACGUUUGACAGAGAUCUGUGGUGAGGAAUGGAACAAACUGACAGAUGAACAGAAGAAACCUUACCUGGAGAGGGUAGCUACAGAAUACAAGACAUAUCAAACUGCUAUGGAGGAAUGGAGGAAGAAGAAGGGUCUGGUUGCGGCUACGAGUACCCCAAGACCGGCACCACAGCCCAUGGCACAGCCACCAGCAGUUCAACAUCAUGCCCCACCUACUAUGGUCCCUCACAAUCCACAACCAGGCAUGAUGGCAGGUAUGGCCAUGGCACAAGCAGCUCAAGCUAGCUAUAAUGGUGAAUUGCAAGGCCCAUCCUCUCAUCAACAGGUUCUCUAUGAUGAUGAAGGCGAUGAGGAAGACGAUGAAGAAUAUGAUGAUGAUGGUGAUGAGUAUGAGUGAUCAUCCACAAGUCAAAAAGCCAACAUCACCAAAAAAAAAAAUGAGGAGAUAAAGUAAAGAAAAAGUGAAAUACCCCUUAAUAAGGGGAAAGCAAGGACUGUAUUAUAGCUUCAUUUUAACAUACACACAAAAAAUACAAAACAUGCCAUAUGGGAAAAAAAAUUGUUGUUGGUAAAAUAAAGUAAGAGAGAAAGCAAAGCUUAGCAGGCUACUGUUUAGUGCACUAGGCUGACUGAAGGUGGGCUGGUGCUGUAAAUAUGGUGUAAAAAAGCCCCCAUAUAGUAUGAGCACAAUGUGUUGCAAUUGGAAAUAUAUUCCUAUCUUUGGAUUUACAAAUAUUUUGGAUUCUCCCAUUUUAAAACAGUCUCCUGUAAAGGUUAUCUCCAAAGUCUGUCUUUGGAGAUAAGCAAUGAGAAAACUUCAUUGCAAACUAUUCAAUACUAAAGUAAAGAGAAUUUAAAACUCAAAUGAAGCCGAUUUUGUAUUGGGUGCUUUCAUUGAACUCUUGUAAGUAUGUAUGAUACUGAUAUAAACUAAAUUGAAAUGUUUGUGACAGCAUUUGGUUGGUUGAUCCAACAAGUAUUUUUUGACUGUCAUGAUGCACAUUUGGAAGAAGUUCUUGCUCUCUUACUCUCUUUGUUAAGAUUUUAUCUUAAAAUCAAUGUUGGAGAACUAGAUAACUUCAAACCUUGUAUGCAAGAUAUCUGCAUAUAUUUGAUGUACAGUAAUAAACUUAUUUCUCCUCUCCAUGGGUUGAAAAUGAAUAUAUUUUUGUCUACUUCCAUAACAGGAGCACAGAAAAUCAUGGAAGAGUUGAUAACCCUAAGAUAAUUGGAAGCAGGAAUUUUGUAGAUUACCAUGAGUGAAUAAUUGAGCUGUACAGAUCAUAAAAAAUGGAAAGAUAAAUGUAAUGCGACAGCUGUGUGCAAAAAAGUAGAAGUAGCUCUCUCAUUGGUUGGACAGAUGUGACCAGCUCCAUGCAAACAGGACCUAUUUCCUUUCCAAUAACUUACAGUAUGAAAGUAAAUAAUACACUACCCAAUUAAGGUACAUUCCAAGUAUUACAGACAAGUUAUUUUUCCCCUUUUUAGAGAAGAAUAUAGAAUAAUCUUAAGUUUUUUUUCUAAGGAAUUGCCAAUCUAUAACAUUCAAUUUAUGAUUGGUAAUGUAUCAAAUUUGAACAUUCCCUAUGUAAUGAUUUUUAAGAAGCAUUUUAUGUUUACAAAGUACUUUGUAGACAAGUAUAUGAUUUGUAUUUCCAACAUCAGUAACAAAGACCAAUACAUACCAACCAACGCUUAGAAACAGGUUUUUGUAUUGUAGAGAAACAAUAAUGAAAAACAGUUAAAUUUUGAUUGCUUGCUACUUAAAAAUCCUUAUCCUUAUAAUUUACAGGAAAUAGUCCAUUUGACUGAAGCUGGUCACAGGUUUUCAUGAGAAAUUUUAAGACAUCUGCAUGCCUUGAUGUACAUCUAGUGUAUUAUUUCUAUGGUUAUUUCUUAUUUACAUGGUUACCUUUGUUUUCAUCCAACUGUUAUGAAAUGGCUUGUAAGUACAAACAGAGUGUGUAGACUUACAGCGACAUAUGAAAAAGACCUAAAGAUACCUGUAAAGAGAUAUUAGUUGAAAAUAUCCAGCACGUCGGUGUACAUGUAUGUUAUAUUGAGUGUGAAAGAGUACAGUCUUUAGAUUGUAAGAGAAAUAUCAAGGAUUUCAGUGGCUAUGUCUUAGUCGUGGGCUUCAGAUAUUGAAUCAACAUAUAAAAGAAAUUAAAGGCGUCCAAAAAUGUGAGAACAGUAUUAGUAUUGUAUUCAAGUUUGAAUAACCAUUGCGUGGAGUAGUAUCUGCAAUUUGAAGUAACUAAUUUCUAUCACUUAUCUCUGUUUUUUUUUCUUUCCUUUAUGGUCCUGUAGUAUUUUAUCUUAUUUAAUUGAUUGAUGAUGUCUCUGUACAGUGCCAAGUUGUUUCACUGUGAUUGCAAUUGUUCUUGAAUGCAUGCUUUUGAAGAGGUUUUUGUGUGUCUCCGUUUAGAUGAAGGUAUCCGUUGAAAUCGUCAAAUCAUGAUGAUGAUGAUGAUCAUGUAGAAAAGGUGCUAGUUUACAAUAUUCACUAGUAGAAUUUAUUAUGGCUGUUCGAAAUUCUUUUUUUUUCUUCUCAUAAACUCUAUACCUUGUAUAAGCUUUAUAUUAAUGUUUAUAACUAUUUUGAUUGUGCCAACCCAUGUUUUAUUAUUAUUUUUAUUAUUCUUCAACUCAGCCAUGAGGCAGCUUUUAUAGAAUUGCAUUCCUUUCAAUCUCUGUUCAUUUCUCCCCUUCCCCAAUCUUGCUGUCUAUUGCCAUUUUUGCACUCUGCAUGUGAUUAUAUGAUUUUAAUCUAUUCAGACAAUUCAUAGUUUUACUUAUAAUUUUAUUUAUUUUAAGAUACAUGCUAGGUCCCAAGCUAUUCAGUUUAUUUGACUCCCAACUCUAUAAUCUCUGCAAUUGACAAGUACAUUUUUAGUUGAUACUGCUAUUGUAUUGAAUUCCACUUUGAGUCAUAGAUUUUUUUUUAUGACUUUAAAAGAGAGUUAGUAUUCUUUUUUCCCCCCUAAUUUUCUUAAAGAGUACUGCUUUCUUUGAAAGAUUCUACAACUCUUGCCAUGAUAUCAACUCUUACAAAAAGGUAGGAUCAACUUCAAGAAAAGCAUUUAGUUUAUAAACUUUUUUUUAAAUAAUUGCAAGUCAUUUUUCUCCAACUUCUCAUGAAAUUACAAAUAUUUUUGCAAAUACUAAUACCCAACAUUUCCUCUUUAAUUUCAUUUUCAUGGUUACUUUCAUAAGAUUGUUUAGUAUACAUCUCCUUUCAUGUAAUAUGGCAGUCUUGUAGUUAUAAACACUUCUUGGGUUGCUGUGAAAAUUACUAAAUUUGCUUUGUGUUUAGUAAUGAUAUUGCAAUAUAUAUAUAUUAGUCAUUCCAUUCCAUUAAUAAUUCUCUUAUCUGGUUUGAGCUGUGUGUGUCCCAGUAUUUUAUUUUUUAUUUCUUUUAAAAUUUGAAAUAUCCUCUGUAAUACAAAUUGAAAAUACUAGGAGCACUUCAGCAAUCUACAAUAUGGUUUGAAGCUAGGGCAAUACUUGUAGUGUUGUAAAGUAGUUGGUAGCUUGCAUCAAAAUUGUAAUCUCACAUGUGAACAAAGUUCUCUUUAAUGGUUUUUUUUAAUGCUUUAUGUAUAUUAGAAAUACAGCUCAUAUUUGUUUUAAAGCAGAAAAACUCCAUCUGAUGUGACUGUAUCUUCAUGUUAAGGGACUCUUUGGCAGUCCCCCCCCCCCCCCCCCCCCCGUAUUGAAGUAUUGUUUCAAAAGACACCAGAUAACCUAGUAAUUAGAAUUAUCAAAUUCUUUUCUAAAUAUUGCUUUUAUUUUCAGUGUCAGAAAUCUGUAUUACUUCAAAUUCUUUUGAAUGAAGAGAAAAUGUGAUCCUUAUGCGACAAAAUGUAUAUCUUGUAUUUUAGUUUGUCUAUGGAGAUUAUUUGCACCCUUGCAUGCACCCAGCUUUCUUUCCAAACAAAUUAUCAUCCCCACCUUUAAUUGUUUUAUUUUCAUUUAGUCAUUUCAGUUAAGAAUGAAAUGGAAGGAAUCUCCUGGUGUAAAGAGUGGGUCUCUGUAAGAAUAAAGAGUUGUUUGGGAAUUAUUCCACUUAGUAAGGAGAAAGAAAAUUAAUUGAUUAUUUGAUGAUCUUUGUAUGAAAUAUCAUGCACAAAAAUUUAAGCCUUUUUGGUAGCAUAACCAUGUAGAUACAACAUGACUACUUCUAGUUCUUCCAGUUAGAAAUAAUUUUUGAAGAGUAGUGUCCAUUUGGUUUAUAAUGUAUGUCACUUUUGUGAUGGCACGUGACAAGAAAAUAUCCAACUUGAAAUUAUUUCUAUAGGAAUAAAGUUGGCAACUUUCAUGAAAUUUAGAAAAGAAGAUAUAUUACAAAAUCUUCUUUUUUGAGCUACCUGCCAAAUGAUUCCUAUUCUCUUUACCGAUCCUGUAUUGUUAUGAAAGUAUUUGCCAAAUAAAGUAAGUUAUUGGCAUUUUUGUACUAUUUAUAAGAAAAAUAAUGCAUUGACUGAUGUAUUAAAUCUGGUCAAAAUUGAGAUGUAAGGUAAUAACUUAUGUUUUCUUGUGUAUAAAGUAUGUCCAUGUUUGUUGUAUUCAUAAUGAAAGAAAUAAGUCCUUACUUGAUGAAGACCAACUUGUAUACAGCAUUUUUAGCCUGAAGUGCCAGACAUUAUAUUUACAAAGAUUGUCUGCCUUCUUUAAUAACUUUUGAAAUAAACUACUUUUUUCAUGCAUUUUGAUGAUCUGAAAAUAUUACCUUUGUAAGACGUACAAAUUAUUUUCAGAUGCUAAAAAUGCACUUUUUCUAUUGUAGAGGUUAAAGAUAAAGGCCUUUUCCUUGUAAUGAACCCUAAUGUUGUUUGCAUUCUCUUUUAAUGUUUUCAAUCAGGUUGUAGCAUUAUUUUCCUUGUCCACAUAAAUAAUUAGUUACGCCAGACACUGACUCACCUAUACAUUAUAUUGUGUUUCUUUCAUUUAUACUUUUCCUUGACUGUAACUUAUGUACAGCACAGGGUUGUUUAGUACAAAUAUUAUAAUUCAGUUUGAAGUCUUAUAUUGCUAUGUUGGCUGUUCAAUUGUAUUUUUAAGUGUAAUGAAAUUUAAGAAACCAAACCCUGUAAUAUGGUAUAUUGCUGUAUGUAAUGCAGUGUAGUUUAUUUAUUUUUACAGUUCAUGCCAUGCUCAUUGUAGCAAACAUAUGCAUUGUUGUUGUAUAUCAUUUCCAUUCAAAAUAUGUUUGAUAUAACAUUGUCUGAUUGUAGCAGAUGUUAUUGCCUUAUUCUUUAGAUUCAGUUCUUCAAACCACCUCAGAUUACAAUAUAAAUCAAAUUUGUGAUUAUUUGACAUUGCUCUUCAUUUCAUUUCAAACAUUUUCGGUGCAAAUCAGUAUACAUACAUUUGUGAUAUAAGAGGGUGAGUUUAUCCAAACAUUUUGCAGUCGGUCAAAAUUAAAAAUCCCUUAAACCAGUCCUCAAUCAGUCAAAAUUCAAAAUCUAGUAAGCUAAGAAUUUGCUUCCUCAUCUGCUAGCUUACAAACAAACUAGAGGUUUGAUCCAUGUAUCCACUCCUUUGUAUAAGCUCUAGGCCCUGUUACAUAAACUAUGUGAUUAAUAGUACAAUUGAUUGUAACUCUGUGGCAAAUCAUGUACAUAACGGUACUAUCAAUUGUAAAUACUUGUAUAUUUUUGCUACAAUACCCUUGAUAGGCAUUGAUGCCUAUGCUUUAACACAAAGUGAAGUGAAUCCCCUUCUGAUUCUUAGUUGACAUUGUUAAGAGAACUUGCUAUCCAUUGCAAGUUACAAACUACUGAAAUCAUGCCAUAUGAUUGGCCAAUAUGGAAUUUGGUAAGAAUUCUAACAUUUGUUAUUGAUAACAACUUAUGUGACACAAUGUCCUGAUCCCUUUCAAAGAGCAUUAUGGAGACAUAUUCAUUUACCCUAGCUCUGACAUUUCAAAGAUAUAUGGGGGGGGGGGGUUGUAGUUGGGUAGCAUAAAACUGGCUGAGAGGUGUUUUGUAUUUUUGUUUCCUUUUACAAAGGCAUUGUAAUUUUGAGAAAUAAGUUUCAUUCAAGUAAAAAAUGCAUGCAUCAAUUACCAGAUUGCCAGACAAGAAAUCGUCCAAAUCUUCCCAAAAUCCUUCAAUGUACCUUGAAAUUUGGUCUUUUUAUUUACAUCAGAUUUUGAAAUAGUAUUAUAUAGCAUAUCUCUCCCCUGUACAGCAAAUACAAAAAAGGAGAAAGAAGUAUGCACCAUGAACAUCAUGUACUAUUAAAUUUUGGCUCACCAAAUAUAUUUUUCUGUAAGGCAUUCCUUGCAAAAAUAUCAAAUAUUGUAACGCCUGUUUUAUAUCAGAGCCGUAACUAAGUAGUUUUUGUAUAAAAUGAGUUUUUUUUUCUUGUAAGGGAGUGAUUUACAAGAAAUGUAAUUUAGCGACCAGUAUUUCUAUGUUUAAAUAGAAUAAAUCAAUUUCAGUCUGUUUUCAUUGAACUUUCUUUUACAUUGUAACAGUUUACGUUACAAAUAUAUGUUUAAAUAUUUCUACCAUGAUUAUUCCCAAUAAUUUUUAAGAAAUAAGAAUUCUGUCCUGCAACAACAACUGAUGCAUUUUAGUCUAUCCAAUCGUUCAAAUAUUGGAAUUAUGUAUUCAUGUAAAUCAAUUUUUAAAUAUCUUGUAGCCUGUUGUCAUGUGAAUCUGAUGAAUUUAUAAAUGGCCAUUUGUAUCAUAUAUUUUAAGGUCUGAUUAGGAUAUUGUCUUUCUCAGUACACCAUAGUUCAAUGAAAUUCACCACAGAUAAUAAGUAUUUCAUCUUUCAUAUCUCUUGAUUUGAUACAAUCAUUACAAAUAUUACCGGUAAUGCAAAUCAUUAUUCAUAUAAUUGACUACAUAGUUUUUAUAUGUACUACCUUUGAUUCCAUUCAUAAUUGUCCUUGUUAAUAUCAAUGGCCACAGUCCUAACAAGAUAUAUUGUUAAUAUCUGUUCAUUGUCGCAAUUGCUUGUCAAAUUUGUUAGUAGCUAAACUGUAGGUGUACGUAUUUGCCAUUCUUUUUUUUUAACUUGAUGUUCUAUACCUACAUUUUUGUAGUAGAGUGCUUAUCAUUUGUACUUCCCAGUGAGAAUUUUUAAUAAAGAUGUCAAAAAUAA